AGUACACCUGUUGGUUAGUGGGGAGUCAUCACAGCUGUCCAUCAAGAACCAGACCACAGACUCCAACAGACUCUACUCAAGAUUUUUUCUUCACAUUACGUGCACUGAAGACAGGAACUAUGGCUGGAUUUUGGAGAUGGUUGUGGUGUCAUAGGAACUAUGUGAUCAUCUAUCUUACCCCACUUAUUUUCCUUCCCCUGCCAAUCGCACUUCCAUAUCCGGAGGUCAAAUGUGGCUACGCUAUCAUCCUGAUGGCUUUGUACUGGUGCACAGAGUGCAUCCCGCUGGCUGUCACGGCUCUGAUGCCAGUGGUUCUCUUCCCCCUGAUGGGCAUCAUGGAGGCCGGACAGGUCAGUAUUCAGUACCUGAAAGAUACCAACAUGCUGUUCAUUGGUGGGCUACUGGUUGCCAUAGCAGUGGAGAACUGGAAUCUGCACAAGCGCAUUGCUCUCGGGGUCCUUAUGCUGGUGGGAGUGCGCCCUGCUUUGUUGAUGAUGGGCUUUAUGGGUGUGACGGCCUUCCUCUCCAUGUGGAUCAGUAACACGGCCACUACUGCCAUGAUGCUGCCCAUCGCCCAGGCCGUGUUGGCCCAGCUGGCAGCCACCGAGGCUGAGUCCGAUGAGAGGGAGCUGCGUGGCGGCACCAGCAACCAGGCUUUUGAGCUGGACGAGGUCACAGACAACAAGCAAUCUGUGGAGGACCUUAACCAAUCCAAAAGGGAUGAGGAGAUUGGUAUCGAGUCGGCUCUGGAGAGCAGGAGGAAGGCGCGGGAGCAGAAGUACCUGGAGCUGUCCAAAGGGAUGAGCCUGAGUGUUUGUUACUCUGCCAGCAUCGGGGGCACCGCGACCCUCACAGGCACCACCCCCAACCUCAUCUUGAAAGGCCAGCUGGAUGACAUCUAUCCUGAUAACAACGACAUCAUCAACUUUGCGAGCUGGUUUGGCUUUGCCUUCCCCAACAUGCUGGUGAUGCUUGUCCUCUCAUGGCUGUGGCUGCAGUUCAUGUAUCUGGGCUUUAACAUGAAGAAGUCCUUUGGCUGUGGCUCCAAGAAUGAGGGAGACAAGGAGGCCUACAAGGUGAUGCAGAACGAGUACAAGAAGCUGGGGCGCAUGAAGUUUGCUGAGGGGGCUGUGCUCACCAUCUUUGUGCUCCUGGUGGUGCUGUGGUUUACCAGGGAGCCAGGGUUCAUGCCUGGAUGGGCCAGCGCGGUCUUCAAGGGCGGAGAUUUUGUCACAGAUGGAACCGUGGCCAUCUUCAUGUCAUCCCUGUUCUUCAUCAUCCCCUCUAAAUUGCCAAGGUUUUCAUGUUCAGGAAGCAACAAGAAUGACAAUAGUGGCAACAGUGAUAGGGACAGUGAUAGUGAUAGUGAAGGUGACAGUAAUGAAGAGGACAAAAAGACAAAAAAAGCAGGAAAAAAGCUGAAGGCUCCAGCGGCUUUGCUGACGUGGGAUGUGGUACACGAGCGCAUGCCCUGGAACAUCGUCCUGCUGCUGGGUGGAGGCUUCGCACUGGCCAGCGGGAGUGAGGCCUCUGGACUGUCCAAAUGGCUGGGGGAGAGCCUGGCGCCACUGCAGCAGAUCCCACCGUUCGCCAUCUCCCUGCUGCUGUGCCUGCUGGUGGGGACUUUCACCGAGUGCUCCAGCAACACAGCCACCACCACCCUCUUCCUGCCCAUCCUCGCCUCCAUGGCCACUACCAUUAAACUCCACCCACUUUACGUCAUGCUGCCCUGCACCGUUGCCGCUUCAUUGGCCUUCAUGCUGCCAGUGGCCACGCCCCCGAACGCCAUCGCCUUCUCCUAUGGCAACCUCAAAGUCGUUGACAUGGCAAAGGCAGGCUGCAUUCUGAAUGUGAUUGGAAUCCUCUCCAUCAACUUGGGUAUAAACACUUGGGGCAAAGCCAUGUUCCAGCUGGACACCUUUCCUGUGUGGGCCUACAACACAUCCAAGCCUGGUAUAUGAACCAAGAAGAUGAUUACUGCUACACUGCCAAAAUGGAAACGGAGAGAGAGAGAGAGAGAGAGAGAGAGAGAGAGAGUAAGUAAGUAUGGAUGAAAGAAAGAAAGAAAGAAAGAGAGAGAGAAAGAAAGAAAGAAAGUGUUAGAUGUAUAAAAGACAAAGCGCAGAGAAAAAAAUCACUUUGUAUUUAUUAACUUUUUCCAUUCUUGUGUGUUUCAUCCUUGAUGAUAAAACCUGAUAUAAUGGCAUAAAAAAAUGAUCAAGGAUGACGAACAUGAGGUUCAAAGGUUAACAUGGUGUUUAUUGCUACAGGAUUAGUGGCUUGUAAGCCUGUGUAUCUAACCGAGUCAAAUCUAAGGAUUACGUAGCUGCUAAAACGCAGCAGUGAGAUCCGCUGAGUGGUUUAAUAUAAAUCACAUGUAUUGAUAAAAGAUUCGUUUUACAGUUAGCUUUGGUCCUUUUGGGAACUAAUAAAUCACCAGUGAUGUUAAAUUAUGAACCAGGGACAAAGUGCUGACACUAUAAAGAUACCACCAUUUUAAUAUCUUAAUAGAUAAACUAUUAUGAGCAUCUGACUUUUUAUGAUUGCUUAAAAAGAACAACAGUGUCAGCGAAAACAAAACGCUCAAGCUGGUUCCCUUAAGGUACAAUGUUUCCUUGAGGAAACUAAAUGAAAUGUUGUAUGUAGUUUUAUAAUAUGUGGCCAUCUUAUUUAAUGUCAAUGUCAAUAAACUCUUGUAAAUAAACAACAGUUGUAAAAGUUCCA